AUGGAUUGGCAACCUCAGGAUGAGCCAUUGAGGCAGCUGGCUUACUGCCUCAGAGAUUCUCUGAAUGGCAGGGACCAAGCGGUCCAGAAACAGGCUGAAGAAAUGCUUUCGCAGGCAACUUCUUCUCCCGACUAUGUCAACUACAUCACUUAUUUGUUCUCGACGCCCCAACCCCCUCCCGGUCUGGAAAUUGAUCAGGUCACCUACGCUACAGUGCGCUUUGCCGCGGCUAUGAACAUGAAAACAAAACUCUAUGUCGCCUAUAACACAAUCUCCCCGCAGAGCUUGGCUUAUAUCAGAUCCGCCGCGUUGGUUGCCCUUCAGGAUGAAGACCGUCAGGUGCAGCGAGGCGCCGGCAGCAUUAUCACCGAGUUGGUGCAGCGAGGCGGUUUACUUGGUUGGCCGGAAGUGCUUCAGCAGUUGCUCUCCCUUGCGGGUAACUCUCCUGGUAACGUAACAAAGAACACCCAAGAGUCCGCAAUGGCAGCCCUUCUCAAGGUAUGCGAGGACAACCGGAAAGUUUUGGACCGCGAUUACCAGGGCCAGCGCCCGCUCGAUGUGAUCAUUCCCAAGCUCCUCGAAUUUACAUCUAGUCAGAGCUCUCGUGUGCGCUCUCUCGCAUUGAACGCCAUUCAUGUCUUCCUCCCUCACCAGCCUACGGCUUUGAUGAAUCAGCUGGAUCUGUUCUUGUCACAACUCUUCAACCUGGCUGGCGAUACUGAUACCGAGGUCCGAAAGAUGGUAUGCCAGUCAUUCUCGCAGCUAGUCGAAUUCUCCCCAGAGAAGCUGGUUCCUCACCUGGAGGGGAUUGUGAACUACAUCCUCAUGCAGCAGGGUAAUCAAGAGGACCCGGAGCUUGCGCUGGAUGCCGCCGAAUUCUGGAUUGUGGCUGGCGAGCAGCAGCGACUACAGCAGCCCUUGGCGCCUUACAUGCCCAAGGUCAUCCCCGUUUUGCUCCAGAACAUGAUCUACGAGGAGGACGACGUCAUUCGCUUGAUGGCCGAGGAGGAUGAUGCAGACACCGAGGACCGCGCAGAGGAUCUGAAGCCCCAAUUCGCCAAAUCCAAGGCUGCCCGGCUUGAUACUUCGAAACAGGGCGAGCAAGCGAAUGGUGGCGCCCAGCAACAGCAAUCUAAUGGCGAGGAAGAUGAAGACGAUCUGAGUGAAGGCGAAAUUGAGGACUCGGAGUUUGGAGACGACCCUGAGGGCGACUGGACACUGCGAAAGUGUUCUGCUGCUGCGUUGGAUGUCUUCUCCAGCAUAUACCAUGAUCUCAUUUUUGGCAUCAUCCUGCCAUACCUUAAAGAGACCCUGCGACAUGAACAGUGGCCUAACCGUGAGGCAGCUGUCCUCACUCUUGGAGCUGUCGCGGAUGGCUGCAUGGACGCUGUUAAGCCUCACUUGCCUGAGCUGGUUCCAUACCUAAUUUCUCUCUUGAACGAUGCGCAGCCCGUUGUGCGACAGAUUACUUGCUGGUGUCUUGGACGCUAUUCCGAGUGGGCGUCACAUCUUCAGGACCCUGUGCAGAAACAGCAGUUUUUUGAACCGAUGAUGGAAGGUAUUCUGCACCGCAUGCUUGACAACAACAAGAAAGUCCAAGAAGCUGCUGCAUCUGCAUUCGCAAGCUUGGAGGAGAAAUCUGAUGACAACCUGAUCCCCUACUGUGAGCCUAUUCUUCGCCAAUUUGUUCAAUGCUUCGGGAAAUACAAGGACAGGAACAUGUACAUCCUCUACGAUUGUGUGCAGACCCUUGCCGAGUGUGUGAUGAACGAAUUAGCCAAGCCUCAUUUGGUUGACAUUCUGAUGCCUGCGCUCGUGAACCGAUACAACCAGGUUACCGACCAAUCACGAGAGAUUUUCCCGUUGCUGGAAUGUCUAGGCUACAUCUCUGCUGCUUAUGGUGACGCCUUCGCGCCAUUUGCGCCUCCAAUUUUCCAGCGAUGCAUCAAGAUUAUUUACCAGAAUAUUCAAGACUCCAUCGCGGCCUUACAAAACCCUACAUUGGAAGAACCUGAUAAGGACUUCUUGGUGACCAGUAUCGACCUCCUUAGUGCGAUCAUCCAAGCCAUCGACCCUCAGAAGAGUGGCGAGCUUGUGGCCCAGUCACAACCCUCCUUCUUCGACCUCCUUGUCUACUGUAUGCAAGACCAGAACUACGAAGUGCGCCAGUCCUCAUAUGCUCUCCUGGGUGACUGUGCCAUUAGCAUCUUCCCUUACCUGGAGCCCCAUAUCCCGUCUAUUCUACCCGCGCUGAUCAAGCAACUUGAUCUGGAUUCGAUCCGUGAUGACGAUCGACACACUGGGUUCAGCGUACUUAACAAUGCCUGCUGGUCAUGUGGAGAGAUUGCAGUGAAUGAGAAAGCUCCGUUGGCUCCUCAUAUCGAGAAACUCUACCAAGGGCUUCUGGUCAUCAUGAGCAACGAGGAAAUCAUUGACUCUAUGGCGCCUCUCCUGAGUUCUUACGCCGGUCCAUUCUUGAAAUCCAUGAAGAAGAUUGAGUUUGGCCGUGAGAAGGCAUCUGGCUUCCUUGGCUUCAACCAAGUGGUCAUGAAGAAUCCCCAAGCGAUGGAGUCGAGCCUUGGCGAAUUUUUUGAAGUCAUCGCCUCGUUCCCUAGCCGGUCUCUCCAACAGGAUGAAUACCGGGAUAUCCAGCUUUCAUGUCAACAAGUCUUGCAAGGCUACAAAACCAUGAUACCCAACUUCGAUUCUUUCCUCUCUCAGUUGCCCUCUCACGUGGCUACCAAGCUACGAACCGUCUGGCAAGUCUAA